GGUCACACAAGCCACCCCGUCUUCCACUCCAUGGAAACAUCAAUGUCUUCCCAAUUGGCCACGGCAGACCAAAUACGCACCACGAAAUCUAUUAAAAGGCUGCGGCAUCAUGUGAUGCAAGCCAAGGAAGGGGGGCAAAAAGACCCGAAUUUGCCUCCGUCAAUGGCUUCCAUGGCCACCUUCAUCGUCAAGUCCCCCAGCACUCCCCAUCCGAUUCUCAACACCUUCAAGCCGCAGCUCCCCUCCCGCCUCCGCCUCGUCUCGCCCCUCCGCCUCCCCUCCGCAGCUACCGCAGGCGCCGUCAAAGGCCGGAAUCCUACCCCGCGCCGCCCCGGCGUCUCCUGCAGCCUGAUCGAGCCUGAUGGCGGGAGGCUGGUCGACCUCGUCGCGCCCGAGGGGCCGGACAGAGAGGCUUUGCGCCGGGAGGCGGCGGGGUGCCCGCAGAUCAAGCUCUCGAGGAUCGAUCUCGAGUGGGUGCACGUGCUGAGCGAGGGGUGGGCAAGCCCGCUUGGCGGCUUCAUGAGGGAAGCCGAGUUCCUCCAAACGCUUCAUUUUAACUGUCUCCGCCUCGGGGACGGGUCCGUCGUCAACAUGUCGGUCCCGAUUGUUCUGGCGAUCGACGACGCCCAGAAACGGGCCAUCGGCGACCUCCGCAGGGUCGCGCUUGUUGACGCCCAGGACAAGCCUGUCGCCAUCUUGAGCGACAUUGAAAUCUACAAGCAUAACAAAGAAGAACGAAUUGCAAGAACAUGGGGAACAACUGCUCCUGGACUUCCAUAUGUUGAGGAAGCUAUAACAAAGGCUGGAAAUUGGCUAAUCGGUGGAGACUUAGAGGUUAUAGAACGAAUUAAGUACAACGAUGGUCUUGAUCAAUAUCGUUUAUCACCUGUUGAACUUCGUGAAGAAUUUUCAAGACGCAACGCAGAUGCGGUAUUUGCUUUUCAGCUACGCAAUCCCGUACACAAUGGUCAUGCCUUACUUAUGACAGACACCCGUAGGCGUCUUCUAGAAAUGGGCUAUAAAAACCCAGUUCUUUUGCUUCAUCCCUUGGGAGGUUUCACAAAAGCCGAUGAUGUACCACUUUAUUGGAGAAUGAAGCAACAUGAGAAGGUUCUUGAGGAUGGUGUUCUUAACCCAGAGACCACAGUAGUUGCAAUCUUCCCCUCUCCCAUGCAUUAUGCUGGCCCAACUGAGGUGCAGUGGCACGCAAAAUCUCGUAUAAAUGCUGGUGCAAAUUUCUACAUUGUGGGCAGAGACCCAGCAGGUAUGAGUCACCCGAUAGAGAAAAGGGACCUUUAUGAUGCUGACCAUGGGAAGAAGGUGCUCAGCAUGGCUCCUGGUCUUGAGAGGCUUAAUAUCCUACCAUUCAAGGUAGCUGCCUAUGACACCAAGCAGAAGAAAAUGGCUUUCUUUGAUCCAUCCAGACCUCAGGAUUUUCUGUUCAUCUCUGGUACAAAGAUGCGGACUCUUGCAAAGAACAGAGAGAACCCACCGGAUGGUUUCAUGUGCCCUGGUGGAUGGAAAGUAUUAGUUGAGUACUACGAUAGCAAGGAAACACAGGAAGGCAACAAAUUCCGCGAAGCUGUUCCAGCUUAAACUGUGUAAGAUUGCUCAUCAAGCAGUAGAUUGGCUCCUUGGACGACAGAAAACUUGAUGAAAACCUGAACUACUCAUUGCGUGUGUACAAACUUGUUUAUGUGUGCAAAUGUGAUGCAGUUUGGUUCUCUUCAAUGACAAACUAUAUUAAACUGGGAAUUGUUCAGAAUGUUUGUACAAACUUGUAUGCAUGAUUCAUGUAAUGUUGAAGCAAUCACUGCAAUAAAAUGCAUUCAAACACUGUUGUGACAUUCACAUAUCAAUGUAUUUUUUUGUUCGAACUC